ACACUGCUUGUGAUUAGACUAUCUACGAGUGACGCUUUGUAAAGCAAGAGAGUAGUUGUUGUUGUUUCUGUCUGAAGACGGACGCACUGACAGUUGAACAUGGCGGGCACACAGGCAGUGAAAGCGUACUUGGAUAUCUUGUCGCAGCCAUGCAGGGCUGUACUAAUAUUCCUGAAAAGCAACAAAAUACCACACACGGUGGAACAAAUUGUGAUACGAAAAGGGCAGCAGAAAUCACCUGCCUUCACCAAACUCAACCCCAUGCAAAGAGUGCCAGUGCUGGACAACAAUGGAUUCGUCCUUACUGAGAGGUACAUAUUUGUAAAAAAGAGGGAAUCUAUUUACAAUGCCCCUGAUCACUGGUACCCCAAACUGUCACAGAAGAGAGCCCAAGUGGAUGAGUACACAGCCUGGCAUCAUGGGAACACACGUAUGCAUAUUUCCACAAUCUUCUUGCAAGAGGUAAGGUUUCCAAUGCUAGGAGUGCCAACAAAUCCUGCCAAGUUUGAAAAGGCAUUGAAGGAACUGGACGGCACACUGAACAUGCUGGAAAACAUGUUUCUGAAGAGGCAGACCUUCCUGUGUGGUGAGGACAUCUCAUUGGCUGACCUGUUAGCAGUUUGUGAGCUCAUGCAGCCCAUGUGCGGUGGGAGGGACGUUCUGAAGGACAGACGUAAACUACAGAGCUGGAGGAGUUUGCCUUCUGAUGCUGGUGUAAAGAGUUAUAGUGAAUACAGUUUGAAUGAAGAGGCCAGUCUCGAUCAUACUCAUCAGAGUCAGACUCAUCGCUGCUUUGAGACAAAAAGUUUGUUUCUGAGUCCUCCCGAUGUUUAUUUACCAGCAUAA